UUUCGUUUGUGACAAAUUUACGUGCAACGCGUGCGGGCUGCACCAGUAAGUGCACCAAAAUGUGGCUGUUAAAGCGCGACAUUUAACAAGAGCACGGAUUAUUUGGUUUAUUUAAAAUUUUUCGAAAUGCUUACAACGCCUGUUUGUUGCAGCCGCUGGGGAAGGGCGAACAACAGUUGCGGCUGCAGUAUGUUUACUUUGUGGCCGUCAAAGUGGACGUUGCUAUUGUUGAUCACUUUCAUCAUGAACAAAGUGGCAGCUAAAUGGCCACCUGACCCACAGCCGCGCUUCUACCCCCCACCACAACAACAUUGGCCCUGCCAAUACUUUGACAAUUUUGCAAUUGAUUCGCGUAUAUUUGGCAAUGAAAAAUCAAUGGAAGGAAAUGGAAAUGCUUUAUUUGGUAACAAAGCAAUCGCUGACGAAAUGGCGUUGCGAGAUUUCGAGCAGUCAAACGAUGUUGCACUUCCUGCUGAGGCAAGGCGACAAAGGCAAUUGCAAUGGCUAGGCAGUUGGUUAUUUGGGCGAAAGCAACAGCCACAGUGGCAAGUAAGGCAAAAAGAACAACAAAUGGCAGCAACAAAGCAGCCACAGUGGCCACAAACAUAUCUACAAGGCCAACAACAAACGCCACACGCAUACGACUUACAUAGACAUGACGCAGAUAUCUUCGUAUAUAAGAAGAUGCCCGAAAUUAUGCCGGGUGAGGAAGAGAAGCAUUCGCAAGCAACGGAUGUGAGCGAUAAUGACGUAGCCGAUACAAAGUCAGCGGAGGAGGUUGGAGAUAAACAGGAUACGUCAUCAAUGGAUACAGCUGUGGAUUAUGACUAUAAAAUCGAUGUGGAACCAGCUAGCGAACGAUUUAACACCGAACAGCCGCCACGUUCUAAACGCAUUUUUUACGCGCCGCGCACUCGGCGGCUGGACUAUGCCUACAUACCCUACACAGCGUAUCAGCACGAUCGCGAGCAAGAACUAGCCGAGGCGAAGAAGCUGGCAUUUAAGCGUAACAAAACCGGCAAUGGCGAACGUAGUUUUCUACCCUCUAUUAGCGCUGGCGCUAUGACACACUUGGGCAACUUUUUUACGGAUCUCUCGAAAAAUGUACGCUACAAUGAGAAAUCGCAAUCGCUGGGGCUUGAUGAGGCUAAGCUACUCGAGGGACAACAUCCUCUACGGCAGCUGCAUGAGAAGAUAGCGGGCGAACAUGAGGCUAAUGCAGAAUUUCUGCACGCCAUACGCACAUAUCGACCCUCUCAGAAGAUACGCUCGCUGGUGGCAAUGAAUCCGCGUGGUUAUCAUGGCGCACAAUUCAUCGAUCCCAAUUACAUGUGGGUUGGUUUGGGUAAAUAGCGGUACGCUUGGCGGCGUUGUGGUAGCUGGCAUUGUGCCGUAGAUCCACCCAGUUGGCAGUGAGGAAGAGAAUCACCAAUCUCAUUCCUCAUUUCAUAUACCACCACACCCCACCACAUCGCGUUUUAAAUAUUACAACGAAACACAGUGGAAAUUGGAAAGAAAGCUAAAUUUUUUAGAAAUACAUACAUACAUACAUAUCGACUUUACUUGGCAAAACCUCCUAUCCCAGAAAUCACAACUAUCUUGUAUUUCGUAAAAUUUAUUCAAAAUAGGGAUUAAAGUACUAAAGCGUUAAUAUUCAAAUCAAAAAGUUUUUAUUUAUUUAUAUUUUUAUAAAAGGCUCACAUAAUCAUAACAAUUAUUAUAGAAACCAUAAAACACAGCGCUGGCAGCAGAGACUUUCGGCUGACUGGUGAAUGGGACGAGAUUAGAUACGACGAAGCAGAUCAGGGUCUUUUAAGAAGUUGUCAAUUUUAGAGAAGUUACCUUAUGUAGAAUUCAAAAAGUUUUUUAAAAUUAUUUUUUAUUAGUACAAGAAUUUUUUUUUGUUGGAGAGUGUUGUUUAAGAGUGAUUAGACAUAUGAGGUUUUGCCGAAGUACCGCCGAUAUAUAUGUAUGUUUGUAUGAUUUGUUGAAGUCUUUUCCAUUCGCAGUUUUUUAUUUAUUUUUAUUUUUUAAUUAUUUAUUUAUAUGAAAUUUCCGUGAAGUGUGUGUAUGUUCCUUCUCCCCAUUCAACAUUCAGCUCAUCAUUCAAUACAAACAUACAUAUUUACUUGUAUCCUUGUAAUGUGUAACCUAUUCUCAGAUAAAUAUUAC